GGCAGCCUUCUGUUACCUGCUCUGUGCAGCAGGGGAUGGCAGUGGACUCAGCGUUCGCGAGGACCUGAGGGAGGACGGCGCCACGGCCCCUUGUCUCAGCCAGGAGAAGGAUGCAACCAUUGAGACCGCCUGGAGCGUCCCCCACCUGACCCUGCUGGAACCUUCCACUCUCUCUUCCCCUGUGCUGCCCGUGGUGGACACUCCCGCUUCUCCUCAGCCAGGAUGGGCGGAGGUGCUCAUGGCGACUUUCCCACUCUACUGUGAACCGUGAGGGUUCUUCCGUCCCCAGCCCUGCCCCGUGGAUGUGAUGGCCAUCCUUGCUGUGUCUCCGUGCGCCUACCUUCUCGUAGUCCUCCUGCCCCUGGCUACGCCUGCGGAGGUGGAAGGUGCCCCCCAGCUGGCAUGUUUCUACAACUCGAGAGCCAACAUCUCCUGCGUGUGGAGCCGGGAGGAGGGCUCGGAGGCCACGUCCUGCCGCCUUCAUGCCCAGUCGAACUACCGGUCCUGGAACGUCACCUGUGAGCUGUUCCCAGUGACACAGGACUCCUGGGCCUGCAGCCUAAUUCUUGGACCCCCAGAUUCGCAGAAGCUGACCUCGGUUGACGUGGUUAACAUCAGCGUGGUGUGCUGGGAAGGGGAGCGUUGGCGCCUGGUGAACAGCGUGGGUUUCCAGCCCUUUGAACACUUUCGCCUGAUGGCUCCCCUGUCCCUGGAGGUCACGCAGGUGGAGACUCACACCUGCAACAUAAGCUGGCAGAUCCACCUCGUCUCUCACUACAUUCUCCAAGAACUGGAGUUUGAGGCCCGCACCAGGGCCCCUGGCAGCAGGUGGGAGGACGCCCCCCUGCUGAGCCUCCGCCAGAGGCAGCAGUGGAUAUACCUGGAGGUGCUCACCCCGGACACCCCGUACGAGUUCCAGGUGCGGGUCAGGGCCCAGCGAGGCCACCACAGGGCCUGGAGCCCCUGGAGUCAGCCCCUGGCCUUUCGGACCAAGCCAGCAGGUAUGGUGGGCAAGUUUCUAACUCUGCCGUGGCUCUACCAGCUCCUCCUUGGUCUUGCUUGUGUUUUUGGCUUCUUGGUCAGUGUCCACAUCGUGGCAAACUGUGGGUGCCUUGGGCCAUGGCUAAAGAUGGCUCUCAAGUACCACAUCCCAGACCCCGCCAAGUUCUUCUCCCGGCUUAACUCCCAGCAUGGAGGAGACCUCCAGAAGUGGCUCUCCUCCCCCUUCCCCUCGUCUUCCUUCCACCCUGCUGAGCCUGCGCCCGAGAUCUCUCCGCUGGAGGUGCUGGACCACGACAGCAAGGCCGCGCAGCUGCUCCCGCUUCAGCAGGACAAGGCGCCCUCGCCCUCGCCCAGCGGCCAGUCUCAGACCAGCUGCUUCACUAACCAGGGCUACUUUUUCUUCCACCUCCCCGAUGCCCUGGAGAUCGAGGCCUGCCAGGUCUACUUCACCUAUGACCCCUGUGCCGAGGAGGGCAUGGAGGAGAGCGUACCCGCAGGCUCUCCCCUCCUGCCCCUGGCCGGGGAGAACGACGCCUACUGCACCCUCCCGCCUGGAGACGACCUCCUGCACUUCUCCCCCGGCCUCCUCAGCAGCCCAAGUAUCCCCCAAGCUGCCCUGGGAGGUGAGGUGGCAUCAGAGGCAAGGCUGGCUUUUUCACUGCAGGAGGACCCUCUAGCCCCCACAGACCCUGACCUGGUGGACUUGCAGUGCCCCCUGGAGCUGGCUCUGGGAGAUGCUGGGGAGGAAGUUCCUGCAGUGGGCACCGAGGAAGAAGCUGGUAUCCCUGAGGCCAGCCCUUGCCAGCAAGGCCAGGACAGAGCUCCUGCCUGGGGCCUGGACCUGAACACGGAUGCCUACCUGUCCCUCCAAGAGCUCCAGGCUCAGGAUGCUACCCACCUGCUACAGACAGAGGUGGGAGGCAGCGACUGCCUGUGACGUUUACCAGGCCUGAGGCCGGACCAUUUGUCAGCGCCCUCCUUGAGGACUGUCCACUGCCAAGGAGCUGCCUGGUCAUCCCCACUCGCAUGGCCUCCCACCAAGCCAGCCCUCCACACCCAGAGGUCCUCUUCUGAA